GACUGUGUUGGGUGUGUGACGCCAGUGCCGAAACUUCCUGGUUGUCGCGCCUCACCUGACGAAACGAGCAAUAUUUUACACAAAAACACAAUCGUUUUGCUCAUAUAUGCAACACAUAAACAUUACAUCACUACAUCAAAUGAUCUGUGUGUUAGUGGAAAGAGAAUUCGUCAUUUAAAGCUCAGUCGCGCGCUGCUGGAGGAGCCACAGACCUCGGAGGAUGUGGGUGCUUCCCGUUGGGAAGGAUGAAGAGUUCCCCAGCUAACCGCAGUCGGGACAUCGAGCGGCAGGCCGGAUAUCUGCGCCCGGAGCACUGCACCCCGCCCCCUCCGCGCUCCCACUCCGCCGGCGACAUGUGGUUCAUCCGGGACGGCUGCGGCAUCGUGUGCGGCGUGAUCACGUGGCUGCUGGUGUUCUACGCCGAGUUCGUGGUCGUGUUCGUAAUGCUGCUGCCGGCGAAGAAUGUGGUGUACAGCUUAAUUAACGGCGCCGUGUUUAACGGGCUGGCCUUCCUCGCGCUGGCGUCGCAUUUCAGAGCCAUGUGCACCGACCCGGGAGCCGUUCCAAAGGGAAACGCCACUAAGGAGUUCAUCGAGAGUCUGCAGCUCAAGCCUGGACAGGUGGUGUACAAAUGUCCCAAAUGCUGCAGCAUCAAACCUGAUCGAGCGCAUCACUGCAGUGUGUGUAAACGCUGCAUCAAGAAGAUGGACCAUCACUGCCCCUGGGUCAACAACUGUGUGGGAGAGAACAACCAAAAAUACUUUGUGCUUUUCACUAUGUACAUUGCUUUGAUUUCCCUUCAUGCUCUCAUGAUGGUGGCUUUACAUUUUGUCUUCUGUUUUGAAGAAGACUGGACAAAGUGCAGUUCCCUUUCUAAAUGAUUGGCCGUCAUCCUCCUCAUCCUCCUGUGCUUUGAGGCUCUGCUCUUCCUCAUUUUCACCGCUGUGAUGUUCGGGACACAGGUGCACUCCAUCUGCAACGACGAGACCGGAAUCGAGCAGCUGAAGAAAGAAGAGCGACGAUGGGCCAAAAGGUCGAAGUGGAUGAACAUGAAGGUGGUGUUCGGUCACCCGUUCUCUCUAGCCUGGCUCAGUCCGUUUGCCACGCCGGAUCAGGGGAAGGCCAAUCUCUACCAGUACGUGGUCUGAGACGGCGAGCCGUCGAGCGCGACCUCCCCCUUCUGUCUCUCCACAAACAUCUUUUUGCUUUUUACCUCUGUUUCUGAAAGAUCUGACAGCACAGAAACUCUCGCCACACAGUUCUAGUGGCUUCUUUACGUUCAUAGAGUAAUACUGACGUCCUGAGCACCGCCGGCCCAACCUGCACUGUUAUCACACUGUGAACGCUGUGAUCUAGAUCAUGUUUUUGUGAUGAAUUUGAUUCUGUAGCCGUUUGAAUAUGAGCUGAUGAGAUUUUAGAGGCCUUGACCAUGAAACUUACUAACCAUCACCAGCCGUGGCAAAUAACUGAAGUGUUUCUCGUUGAUGUGAUGACAGAUUUUUUGUUUGAUUGACAGAGGCCUUUAUAUUCGCUGGUUAAUUAAGAAAUGCCUUUUCUUUUGGAGACCGUUCGCUCAUGUUGUUCGCAAGCCUUAGAAACUAACGUGUAUUAGGAAUCUAAUGUUGCCAAAUCUUAUUCCAUUAUCUCCAAUGCCCAACGUAAUUUCUUUCUUGAUCGAAACAAGUUCAUCACUCGCAUAACACUAAUGAAAACAUGUCCGGCUCUUAUUCCACAUCAAAAUCCUGUAAUACAGUCGUUUUUACUGAAUUGCAUUUAAAAAAAUCAGUAUAUUAUAAAAAUAUAUAUUAUAUUAAAGUAUAUUAAAAAAAAAGUAUGUAUAUUAUAUUAUAUUAAAAAUAUAUACAAUUUAUUUGUAAUAUUUUUUUUGCACUACAGUAAUUAUACAUUUUCAUUAAUCAUCUUGAAAAUGAUGUCAUUUAAUUUUGCCUGAUGUUUCUUAAUACUAAACAUAAUUUCUUAAUUUUUUCGGGUCAUAUUCCACAGCAAAAUCCUUUUUUCUUUUUGCAUCUUGACAUUAAAUACAUUUAACCCUCAGAUUUACAGAUUUUUUUUUUGUAAUUCUCAUUCUCUGGUGAUUCUUCUUUCUAAUUUUUACUAAAUUGCAUUAUAAAGUCAGCAAAUAUGCAUACAAUAAAUGCUAAAAUUAUGUAUAUAAAUAUACAUGCAUAUAUACAUUUAUUAAAAAAUAUUUACAAUUUAUUUUUAAUAAUUUUUUGCAUUACAUUAAUUAUACAUUUUCAUAUUUAAAAUUAUGUCAGUUCCUGAUGCUAAACUUAAUUUCUUUAUUUUUUCUGUUGAUUUUGGGGUGAAAUAUGACAAUUUUUGACUGGUUCGUUGGGUUAAUGUAAUUUCCUCACGAAUGCAGUAUCUCAUUAUUGCUGUAGAAAUAUAUUUUGUGGCUAUAAUACGACGUUUGCAAUACUUCCAGCCAUUCUCCAGACGGUUUUCACUGUCUUCAGGCGGUGGUGCUCAUGGAUUCCUUUACAUUUUGGUGUCACUACAGUAUUUGAGCGUGAGCUUGAUCUUCCUGAAUCUAAUCGAGUGACUCCAGACGUCCCUCAGGUUCACAUGAUGAUAUAUCAAUCCUGCUUCUCUUCCAAAUCCAGCUCAGACCAUCAGAUAUUCAUCUUGUCUUCAUGAUCUGCAGCCUCGAACGCUUUUAAACAAGAGACUGACGACUGUAGACGCCCCUGAGAUCUGAUCAGGGCUGUCUCUGUCUUAUCCUUGAGCACAAUUAUGUCAGGUUUGAAGCCUCACUUUGCUGCUUACGACUGAAAGUUGAUUGGAUUUGAAUGCAUUGACGUGUUGGAUGGCUUCGCGGGUGGAUCAGUAUUUCCUGUCUGCUCGCGGGUUUCUACGGGUCGUUAACGUUCAGUCUUCAUAAUCACUGCUGUUCAACGAUUGCCAUUUCUGUUUCUGUUUUCUUUGCACUUUCUUUUCUUUUGCCUGUUUUCAAUUUAUUCUGUCUUUUUUUUUUUUUUUUUUUUUUUUUAAAUCUGUGCUUUAUGUUGUGCAUGUAUUUUAAAUAUAUCAAUAUCUUAAUGCAGUUUUGGGUGUUUCGGGUUGCUUUCACUUUGAAAGUCAAUUCAAUAAAUUUCUCUUUCUGUUGUUUUUUCA